AUGCCCCUCAAGGACUCCUACACCGUGCCCGCCGCGGCGGACAUGCACGUGCACCUCCGCGACGGCGCCAUGGCCGAGCUCGUCACCCCGACCAUCCGCCCGGCCGGCAUCGACACCGUCUUCGUCAUGCCCAACCUGUCCCCGCGGCCCGUCGUCUCGGUCCAGGAGGCCCUCGACUACAAGCGGCGGCUGCAGGCCAUCGACCCGAGCGUCGACUACCUCAUGUCGCUGUACCUGCACAAGAGCAUCACGCCCGAGGUCAUCCGCGAGGCCAAGCGCGCGGGGAUCGCGGGCGUCAAGGCCUACCCGCGCGGCGUCACCACCAACUCGGAGUGGGGCGUCGUCUCCUUUGACGAGUUCGCCGACGUCCUGGCCGCCAUGGAGCGCGAGGGCGUCGUGCUCAACAUCCACGGCGAGGCGCCCACGAGCAUCGCCGACGGCGUCGACCUGAUGAACGCCGAGUCCCGCUUCCUGCCCGUGCUCAAGGGCCUGUCCACCAAGUACCCCAAGCUCAAGAUCGUCUUGGAGCACACGACCUCGGCGGACGCCGUCGAGGCCGUCAAGGCCUGCGACAACGUCGUGGCCACCAUCACUGCCCACCACCUCUCCCUGCUGCAGGACCAAUGGGCCUCCGAUGCGCACUGCUUCUGCAAGCCAUCAGCCAAGACUCCCGAGGACAGGAAAGCACUGCUGAACGCCGUCGUCAACAGCAACGGCAAGUUCUUCUUGGGGACUGACAGUGCUCGUAAGCACCCCGAUUUUCCUAUUCUCCUUUCUCCAACAGGUUUCAUCUCUUCCUGCCUCGAAACUAACCAUGCUCGAAACGUCACAGCCCACAACAUCAGCGCCAAGAAGGUCGAGGGCAGCCCUGCCGCCGGCGUCUUCACGCAGCCUUAUGCUCUCGGAUACGUUCUCUCUGCUCUGGAGGAGGGUAUCGAAAGGGGCGAUAUCAAGGAGGAGCAGGUCACCGAGGAGCUGUUGAGCGGAUUCUUCAGCAACUGGGCACGUGAGUUCUACGGUCUCGAGCCCGCGAAACAGAAGGUCUUGUUGAAGAAGAAUGGCCAAAAGGUGGCAGAGUCGUUGAAGUCAGCAGAGGUGGAGGUCGUUCCAUACAGAGCCGGUCAGUCGACGUGGAGUGUCGAAUGGCAGUAG